GACUUUCGUUGACGUGGAUUUUUUUGACUUCAUGGCAUGGAGAAAAGAACCUUCUUCUGAGCAGUCUUUGGCCACUGCCCAGGCCGCAACUGAUCGGACCCCAACGGCUCCGCAAGAGGAUGCGGCACCAGUUGAUGAGUUGGACUUGCCAGCCAAGGAUGUGGAGAAAGACCCGCCGCUGCUGCUAUCAGUCCAAGGAGAAGCAAAGGAUGCCGCACGAGUUGAUGAAUUGGACUUGCCAGCCAAGGAUGUGCUGGAGAAAGAUCCGCGGCUGCUGCUAUCAGCCCAAGGAGAAGCAAAGGAUGCCGCACGAGUUGAUGCGUUGGACUUGCCAGCCAAGGAUGUGGAGAAAGACCCGCCGCUGCUGCUAUCAGUCCAAGGAGAAGCAAAGGAUGCCGCACGAGUUGAUGAAUUGGACUUGCCAGCCAAGGAUGCCGCACGAGUUGAUGCGUUGGACUUGCCAGCCAAGGAUGUGCUGGAGAAAGACCCGUUGCUGCUGCUAUCAGCCCAAGGAGAAGCAAAGGAUGCCGCACGAGUUGAUGAGUUGGACUUGCCAGCCAAGGAAAGCCUUUCAUCCUUGGGGAGAAGUGCAAUGGACGACCUUGUUCAAUCCAUGGUCGAAUCUGGGAAACCGUUUCCAUCUCCAGAGCCGGAAUUGGUCGACCAGAUGCAAGCCAAUGAAGAAGCAAUUCUUCAAGACUACCAGGAACGGCCGGUGGACAAACUGGUGGAGAAAUUGGAGCAGCCUGUUCUUGGCAUCACGGAAAAGGAACCAUCGACCCGGCACAUUGGGAAGUCACCUCCAAAGCUAGCAAGGAUCCCCAAGAGUUCUGGAAUCCAGUAUUUGGAAAACGGGCUUGAUGCCAGUGGGAGGGCGCUCAAGAUUUUGGAAGCUUCCGGCGCCAUUCCUUUGAAGUUCAAUGUGGAAUCGGUCUGUGACGUGGACAGGGACGUGCAACAGGGAAUGCUGUUGGACCGCCACUUCUUGGGCUCAUGCGUUUUUACCAAUGCAUUGAACCUGAUAGACCCGGUGACGCGGGAAAAACUCGUUGAAGCGCCAGAACUUGCAGGGGUGAUCUGCAAGGAUGACAGCCUAAUGGGCUCCAAUUUACGAGAGCAUGGUCGGGGCAGGGCUCCAGCUCUUACCCAUUGGAGGACGCUGGCUUUGAGAAAGGAGGCUGGACGGUGGGUAGGUGACCCGCAGGAAGCCUACUUGCAAAUGGCCAAUGCUCUCAUGCACAAACAAAUCCACAUCGAAGAUCUCUGGUUUCUUGAGGACGAGCAGCUGAAAGAGGAAAGGCUACGCUUUGUCACCAAGACGAGCGCGUACAGCAACAGCUUUGAGGAUAUGCUUACUCCUUUCGAGCGCGCCAACCUCACUGCAGCUUGGAAGAAGCUGGAUGAUCAUCGUCUCAAAGACCAUCGGGAGAUCCACGUAGCCGUGCCACAGCAGUCGGGGAAAUACACAAAGACGGUGAGCGCAAACAGGCAUCGCAAAAGAUGGCUUACUGCCAUCGAAAAGCUGGCAGCACUUGGAUUUCCCACGACUGAUGGCAUAGCAGCCAUUCUGAAGCAAGCGAUGGUGAUUCUAGCUGCCCUGGCGUGCGCUGAGUUCUACCCCGACGAGAAGAUUCCACCCAGGCUCACAACUCGGUUCACCACGGUGCCCACGCCGGCGGACGGGAGAUGCUUCUGGUCAGCACUGUGGCUGGCCAAUGUUGCCACAAAACGGCAGCUCUUCUCAUGGUACCACAGGCGCAGGUUGGCAACACAUGUUGCUGCUGAGAAGGACGCCGCGCAGUUUGAGAAAGAGCAAGUCUUGGACUGGGGUCUACGAUUGACAGACAUGCCAAAAGAGACCCACAACCGGCUCAUGUGUGGACAGUGUGCAGAACACCCAGACAUGGAAUGGGUCGCCGCCAAGCUGAACAUUUGCCUUGUGAUUGUCUCUGGUAUGUUGAGACCGGGUCUGCUUGCCCAGAUGGCGUACAACACCAGCGACAUUGAGAUGCUCAACGAAGAUGAACCGCCGCCGCAAACACCAGAGCCACAGCCGAAAACCCCACCACCGGAGACCGCAGAAGUUGUUGGUGAAGAGGAGUUCCAGCAGUUCCAAGUUCACUUGGAUGAGGACACUUGGGCAGCUUACUCUGCCCUCAAGCAUGUGAAGAGGAUUGCUGCCGCUGAAGGUGUCCACUACCUUGUGUCCUUUGCAGGCCAUCCGGACAUCAAAAUCCGAGAAUCAGACUUCCACGGCAACGUGAAAACUACUGCGGAGGUGGUCACUUCCUUGGCCCAGCUGCGAGACACGGAGGCUGCCGAGCUCGGAAAGAUGAGGGCGCCUGAACUCAAGGCUUUGGGAAAAAGCCGGGGUGUGGCUUUCAAGGGCAACAUGAGGAAGGCUUUGCUUACCGACCUGAUGGUUUACCACAAAUGUCUUCGUACCUUCCAAAGUGACUUGGAGCAGUUUGGGGUCUCUACGGCUACUUCCGAGAAAGUUUCCGACGGUGAGAAGGGUUCUCAGGUUUUUGGCCCCCCCGAAGUCAAGAAGGAACUUCCAUGUCCAAAACCACCGGGUGCUGUCGAUCCCACCAAAGUCAAGAAGGAACUUCCAUGUGCAAAACCGCCGGGUGCUUUCGAGCCCACCAAAGUCAAGAAGGAACUUCCAUCUCAAAGAAAACCGGGUGCUUUGUGUACCUACAAGAAAACAAAAUCUACGGAUUCACUACCAAUUGAGAAAGUUAUGGAAACAUUCAUGGAUGAAAUGGGCAUGACUGAACCACAAGAUGCUUGUGGCCAGCAAAGCUCCGGUGCCCAGUCUUCAUCAGCCGGUGGCAGUGCUGGCACAUUGGCCGAGCUAGGCCCUGGUGCGCCUAACGUGGAACCUGGUGGAGCGGACAUUACUCAGGAGGCCUUCCCGGCAACUCAGGAUGUGCCUGAUGAUCGUGAUCCAUCCAACAGAGAAAGAUUCCUCAAUGCUACACUGAUUUGUCCUGGAAUUGCCCUGAAGAAGAUGAAAAUGGCCAUUGCUGAUCAUUCUGACAAACUCAUUGGUGUCUUGGGGGUCUCCAUGCUCAAGAAGUACAGGCGCGAAAGGGCGAAUCUUCAGAACAUGGUCAUUGGAAACCCUUUUGAUGAUUCUGGCGAUUCUAGCUUUUGGACGAAAGUGGCAGAGCACCUCAAAGAGAAACCUGUUUUGGACAUGCUGCCGGUCUCCGUCAAGCAUUGUGACGACAUCUAUGUCUUCACAGUUCCCACUCUCGGGCCACUUGGUUCUGAUGAAAAGGACUUCAGUUUCGUGAACGUGGAAGUCCAUGCCAAGAUGGAGUCUGCGGACGACCAUCCAUGCCCUGAAAUCUUUGCAACUGGGGCUCUUGGCCGAUUGGUAGGUGGUCUUCUCUAUCUUCCAGACGACCGUGCUCGCAUGAGUAAAGCUGACAUCAAAGUGGCAGCAGAGCACUCUACUGCAGAACGUCUUGAACUCAAGAGGAGACUUGCAGAGGAGAAGGACGCCACUAUGAAAGCGAAGAAGGCGAGGCACGAGGAGUCUUUGAAAGCUAUGGAGUCCCAUGUGCAAGAACUCCAAAAAGACCAGGACGAUUUGAAGGGCAGACUCCAAAAAUGGCAAAUUGUUCUGAGUCGCAUUUGUUCCGGGAAUGAAUUCAACGGCAACAACAAGUCCCCCGAACAGUCUUGGAAAGAAUGGUUUGAAGCUGCACUUGGCGAGCCUAUCAUGGAUUGCCCAGCUCCCUUCCUAGAAAGCACAUUGUCUUUUGAUGAUGCAGUGGUCCACCUGUCCACCAACAUAGCAUUGCAACGCAAAGAACAUGAGAAAAUGGCUGAAAGACACCAGAACUUGUCAACCCGACUUGGAAAAAGGCAGGAUACGUUUCAGAGGAAAAGGCGGAAAGCGACUGCCAAACUUGAGGAAAUGAUUGAAAGGAAAGAAAACGGUACUGAGGAAGAUUUCUUGGAGGAAGCAAAGAAAAGACGGCGUCAGCUCUACCAUGCCAAGAAAGAUGCCCUGAAGUUCAAAAAGCCCAUGAGCGCAAAGACCAAGUUGAUCAAGAAGAGGUCAACAAAGGAUGCUGGAGUCUACACGAAACAGAUCAAUGCAACCCGGAGAGUGGUCACUAUCAAGGACAAGCUGGCUGUCGUUGACUUCUACGAAAAGCUUCAGGCUGAGAAGAUGGCUGCCCAGGCAAUUCUCCGAGAACCGCGAUUGGUGAAUGUGACACGCAAAAAGGCCCAAGAACAAAGGAGCAAACGAUUGGAAGCGAAGGAGAAGGCAAAAGUCAAUGCCGGGAUCGAUUCCCACAUGUGGUGGGGAAAACCCAAGUCUGCAAAUGGGUUGCCAGUGCAAAGCGAGAGCAUUGGAAGGAGCUGCCGGAGCAAAAAGAUUGGUGGUGGAAUCCCAUUGCAACUGCAGCGUGAACUCGACGACUUGAUGGUUGAGACACCUUUGACUCAAACUAAGUUGAAAACCAUCAAUGGCAUGGUGCGCGACUGGAACGAGAACCUGCAAGAUGCCAUUGACAAUGUGGAGAAGUGGAAUCAGGAGUUGCUUUCGAAAUACCAGGCUGGUGAGAUUUCUGCAGAAGGGGUCAUGGAUGGACUUGACCACAAGCCUCAGCCUUUGCAGACCUGCAGUACCACCUGGGCCCAUCACUGGAAGACCAGGUUCGGAUGGUCCAUGUUAACGAGAGGACAAGACGACUCUCAAUGGCUUGCAUAUGACCACCCUGACAUGGUUUCAUCAAGAGAGUCCUUGGCUGCCCUGGUGAAGGACGAAUCCAUCAACACUGGUUUGAUCUUAAAUUACGACCAACUCUGGAGAACAUGUUGGGCUACCACACGCUACAAGCUGGCAUACAAGGACCGCCAAAGCGUUGGCAAGAUCGGCAGAAAAACCCGGAUGGGACCCAGGGAGGACAAAAAGAUCACGUCAGUCAAAAAUGCCAGAAGAAGCCUGACGGUAUUGACGACAAGCUGGAGCACUGGAACCAGAGGACCAUUAGCUUUUUGUUUACCCGAAGGCAGUAUGGCGCCGGAGACCAUGGCAGAGUUCAACAGAGAGUUUGCCGGGGUCGCAAUGGUGACCUCCAGCGGUUCCUCUUCACAUUUCAUGACGGGGGACACGUUGAUUCAGAUGAUGGAGCAGCUUGGACUUUCCUUGAAAGACAGGGGAGCACUUCUAUGCGACGCCUGGUCCGGAAGUUUCAAAAAAACUGAAGGACAAGCGUUGAGACGGUGCCUAGGAGGGUGGAGUACGCAUGGGCAACCUGUGGAUCAAAUCCACAGCGUCCUGCGUUCCAUCAUUGCUCGCAAAGACUUAUCCUCCACCGGUCAAGUGCUUGACUUUCGAGACCGAAAACGAUUCUCUGAACUCGACGUCAAAGCCAGUGGUCAGGUUGCCAUGGAGGCCAAACCUUUUGCUGACAUUUUGCGCUUGACGUUGGAUGCAUGGAAUGAAAUGCCCACGAAGGUGUUUGAGAGUGCUUGGGUGAUCACUGGGUACUUUGAAGCCACUCACUUUGAAACGUACCGGCAUCUCACUCCAGCAGAAGGACAUCAGGAGGCAUACAAGGUGAUGGAGCCAGCCCAGGUUCUGACAGGUUGCACUUUCAGACCUACGCCCCAGAUGUGCCCUGUGUACCAAUGGCAGAUCAAGGACAAGUCUGGCCAGUUUCAAGCUCUUCCCUACGAACUAGCCCAUGGGAUUGCAAAGACCGCCACCAAGCAUUGCUACGACUAUCAGGUUGCACGCAGGGACUACUACGAGAAAUUGGAGCAAGACCCAACCUGUUCCAAGGCAAAGACAGUGAAGGCCAAGGAGGACCUUGAAAAACUAAAGGCCGUGGACCUUUACAUGGUCUUCAACCGAAGAACCGGCCAAAUGGCCACUCGUGAGUGGAUGAAAACCUACCUCAUUACUGAUGAACAUGGAAUUCCCAAACCCAAAAAGGAGAACUCAACUGCCAAGCCGUGGAUUGCUUGUCUUCGUUUUGAGCUUGGUUUGGACCUGCACAAGGUCAGCUUGGCUUUCAAAAUCACUGAGGGAGGCGAAUUUAGAGAAGUUCGUCUCUUUCACUUCGAGGACGGCAUGACCACCACCAAAAUCAAUGUUUUCACCGAUGGGUACAAGCACCUGCUCCAUCAAGAUGAGCUGGAGGAGGAUAAUUCCGCCGGCUCCAUCGACUUCGAAACGGAUGAUGACGACAGCAUUCCGGGCGAUGCCCAGGGUUUGGAAGGUCAGAUCAGCCGCUUCGAGAACAUGAAGGAUCCAGCGCCUGCCCCUGCAGCAGGAAGUGACAAGCCAGUGAAGCCUAUUUUACGUGGAAGUGCGGCUGUAGAGUUUGAUUCCGAUGAUGAGAUGUUGGCACCUCCCAGCAUGUCAGAGUGUGUUUUCCGGGUGUUUCAUUCUGACAAGAAUGCGCACAGUGAACCGCCGUCAGAGUUCAGGGAACGGGAGGCAUAUAACGCGUUGUCGAAGAACAAACCCGAUGGAAAGUAUGUGGCAGUCUUGGAGAAAGCGCUUCGAGCGUCAGCAAACCAACUCGUGCAGCUCUGGCUUGAUGGCUUCCAUGUUAACUAUGUUUACGAAUUGAAUACUGAACUUUACAAGA